UUGUGGGCGAUCCCAUCGCCCCUCCUGGAUCCUCCGGACAUCUCUGGAGGCCUCUCUGGCAGUCGAUAUUGGACUCUUGGAACCGAAAGCGUUGCUUUUCCCCCAGGACCUUCGCCCUCGACUCUGACCAACGCCCCGUUGAACGUGGUCGAACUGUUCUCUUCUACCGGCUACCCUCGUGAUACCAGCGCGAACAUGGCUGCCCUUGCUAUUCCCGCCCCCGGCAUGGGGCCCUCUCUCGAAGCGCUGUCGGCUCCGCCGCCGUUGAACACCCGUCGCCCGGGCGCUCCCCCGCUCCCCAGCAUGGAGCUCCCCAGCCGACAGUUUCCCGGCGCGCUGAAAUACACGCAACUCCCCAAUCCCUCCGCCCUCAACCCCAGCGUCAGCAACCUCUUGACCCCACCGGCGACGAGUCAAUCGGGCGAAACCACCCCCGUCACCACUGCCCACCAGACGACCGCCGGGAAUAUCCCAUCCGUACCAGCCACACCCGACCUGGGACCGUUCUGGCCCACCCAGAACUCAUAUGGCAGUGCGUCGGGUGCAGCAGCGGCGGUGGCGCGCCCGUCGUGGACGUCGAGUUUGAGCCCCUAUGCGAGUCGCGACACGUUCUCGCCGCCCGGAAGUAAUAAUGCGAUUAGUCGCAACGCGGUCACCUCGCCCACGGGAGCGGACUCCAUACCGCAGGGGUACGAGAUGAACCAGCUGCCCCCGUUCCAACAACCGAUCCCUGUCAGUGCCGCGCAACCGCCGCCCCCGCACGCGCUCACGCAUGCCGUGCUCUCUGCACAGCACGGUCUCCCGCCCGUGCCCUCUCCGCAGCCGCUCCCCUCGAACGAUCCCUACAUGGUCAAGUCCUCGUCCGCGCCCGCCUACAGCACGGUGCAGCAGCUGGCCAGUCCGCCGGGCAGCUAUUCCCCCUACGGCCCCACCGGGAUGGGCAUGCAACCCCCCGGCCGCGUCGCGUCGAACCCCCACCCGGCGCAUCACCUGAACUACCAACGCCAGCCCUGGCCGUCAUAUACCCUCCCGGGGUCGAGUGGGCCGGUGUGGACGAACCUGCACACCCCGAACGCCCAGAUGUCCCUGACCGCGCCUAACUCGCUGAUGCCCCACACUUUCAACAGUGGGUUCGAGGCGCACAUGCAGCGGAUGUAUGGCGGCCACCUGCCGCCGCCGGGCCAUGGAGGGCCCGGCCCCGCCAACGACCGACCGUUCAAGUGCGAUCAGUGCCCCCAGAGCUUCAACCGCAACCACGACCUGAAACGACAUAAGCGGAUCCAUCUGUCGGUCAAGCCUUUCCCUUGCAAUCACUGCGACAAGAGUUUCUCCCGCAAGGAUGCUCUGAAGCGACAUAUGCUAGUCAAAGGGUGCGGAAAGGGCGAUUCCGAGUCGAAUACGACACGACCGCCAACGGUCAAGGAGGAGGAUCGCAGCGAUGACUCCAAUGGACAAGUCUGA